AUGCGGUUCUUACUUCUGACGGCUGCCUUGCUCGGCCAUGGACUUGCUGCUACGCCACCAGUCUCCGGUACACCAUGGGCAGCGGCAUACACCAAAGCUCAAUCUGCCCUAUCGAAGCUAGCGAACAGUGACAAGAUAAACAUCGUCACUGGUCAAGGAUGGCAGAAAGGUCCUUGUGUCGGAACCACAACGGCAGUUUCAAAGAUCAACUACCCUCAGCUAUGCCUUCAAGACAGCCCGCUCGGUGUCCGCUAUGUCCAAGGCGUUACUGCUUUCCCACCGGGUGUUCAAGCUGCGGCGACCUGGAACACGUCUCUGAUCUACGCUCGUGGCAAUGCACUAGGCGCUGAGGCUAAGGGUGUCGGUGUCAACGUCCAGCUUGGUCCUGUCGCCGGUCCUUUAGGGAAGAUCCCGAACGGUGGAAGGGGGUGGGAAGGUUUUGCCGUUGACCCGUACCUCACAGGCAUCGCCAUGGCUCAGACUAUCCAGGGAAUGCAGGACGCUGGUGUGCAAGCCUGUGCUAAACAUUACAUUGGGAACGAGCAGGAGCUCAACCGCGAGACGAUGAGCAGUAACAUUGAUGAUCGUACGCUACAUGAGCUCUACCUGUGGCCGUUCGCCGAUGCAGUCAAGGCUAAUGUGGCUUCUGUCAUGUGCUCGUACAACCAGCUCAACAGCUCAUGGGCGUGUGAGAACAGUAAGAUCUUGAACGGCACGCUAAAGACGGAGCUCAACUUCCCUGGCUAUGUGAUGAGUGAUUGGAACGCCCAGCAUACCACUGGCGCUGCCAAUGCUGGACUUGACAUGUCCAUGCCCGGCACGGAUUUCAACAAUCAGAAUAUGCUUUGGGGUCAGAAUCUCGCCAACGCCAUUUCUAGCGGUUCAGUUCCACAAUCUCGCCUGGACGAUAUGGUCACUCGCAUUCUGGCAGCUUGGUACCUGACCGCCCAGGACUCUAGCUAUCCCUCUGUCAAGUGGUCUAGCUGGAACGGCGGCUCCGGUGCCCCCAAUGUUGCCAGCAACCAUAAGGACAUUGUGCGCAAUGUUGCUGCUGAUGGCAUCGUGCUGCUGAAGAACAACAACAACACUUUGCCACUGAAGAAUCCACCAUCCAUUGCUAUUAUCGGCUCAGAUGCCGUCGUCAAUCCAUCUGGCGCCAACGCAUGUACUGAUCGUGGCUGUGACACUGGCACACUUGGUAUGGGCUGGGGUUCGGGCACAGCUCAGUAUCCGUACAUGGUUGCUCCAUAUGAUGCUCUCAGCAGUAAAGCAGCUUCCACGGGUACGAAGCUCAUCACGUCUACCAGCGAUACCACUUCAUCGGCCUCCUCAGCUGCCGCACAAGCCGACACAGCAAUCGUGUUUAUUAAUGCUGACUCUGGCGAAGGCUACAUUACGGUCGAGGGUAACAGCGGUGAUCGUCAGAACCUGGAUCCCUGGCAUUCUGGAAAUGCUCUGGUACAAGCUGCGGCGAGUACUAAUAAGAAGGUCAUUGUUGUGGUUCAUAGCGUCGGACCUGUCAUCCUCGAGAUUAUACUCGCACAACCGAAUGUGCAAGCUGUCGUUUGGGCUGGUUUACCUAGCUCAGAGUCAGGCAAUGCUCUCGUCGACAUCUUGUAUGGAGCCAAAGCACCGAGUGGCAAGCUGCCGUAUACCAUUGCUAAACAAUCUGGGGACUACGGCACCAAAGUCAUUAGUGGGACUGACACCUACCCUGAAGGUCUGUAUAUCGACUACAGACACUUCGAUCAAGCAAACAUCGCCCCUCGCUAUGAAUUUGGAUUUGGCUUGUCGUACACCACAUUCACAUACUCGGCCCUCACGACCUCGUUCACCGAUCGAUCAGCCGGUAGUACAGCGCCAGCCCCAGGCGGUGCAUCUGGAUUGUUUGACACCGUUGCUACCAUCACCGCGACGGUCAAGAACAACGGCACAGUCGCUGGUGCAGAAGUCGCACAACUGUACAUUGGUCUGCCGUCCUCUGCACCUGCUUCGCCACCCAAGCAGUUGCGAGGCUUCCAGAAAGUAAUGCUGGCUCCUGGUGCGUCUGCGACCGUGACCUUCCCGCUACGACGAAGAGAUCUCAGCUACUGGAAUGUGGCCAGUCAGAGCUGGAUUGUACCAAGUGGCACUUUCACUGUAUCUGUUGGCGCCAGCUCCAGGGAUAUCAGGCUGGCAGGGUCCUUAUAG